UUUGGGUCAUAGAUACUUGAUUUAUACCAGAAAGCCCAAAGAGACAUUAGAGCUUUGAAAACCAGUGAUGGUCGGACAGGUCAAACAAAUGCAGAGGAGAGUCGAUGGCUGACUUGUGCUUGGGUUUCAAAUUCCUUGUCUUGCCUUAUACCGCUUCACCUAACUUGGGUUCAAAGCCAAGUUGAAUUUCCUAGUAAGUAUUACUUCUGUUUCCUUCUUUGAACCUCAUGCCCUCAAAACCUCAAAAUAUUGAGAUGAUUCCGACAUGUCUCCACCUCCUGCUUGUUGUCCUCCUUCACGACGCCCCUGCCACCGCCUCCAUAGCAGCCUCACAACAGUUCAGAGAAGCUCCAAAGUUCUACAACUCCCCAAGCUGCCCCAUCAUCGACAAUGGUAGCAACUGCUCCCAUCAAGCAGUCCAUGUUGUGAUGACCCUCGACUUGGCCUACCUCCGUGGUACAAUGGCUGCAAUGCUCUCCGCCCUCCAGCACUCCUCCUGCCCUGAGAACCUUCGGUUCCACUUUGUGGCUGCUGCUGCGUCCUCCCACCUCUGUGAAGUCAUCUCUUCCUCCUUCCCUUACCUGAGUUUCGAGAUCUACCCCUUUGACAGCUCCUCUGUCUCAGGCCAUAUCUCAACCUCGGUCCGUUCAGCACUUGACCACCCACUCAACUACGCCAGGAACUACCUCCCCGACAUCCUUCCCCUGUGUGUCCAUAGAGCUGUCUACUUGGACUCUGAUGUAAUCCUAGUGGAUGAUAUAGCCAAUCUUGCUUCCACCCCGCUUGGGGGAAACUCAGUCCUCGCUGCACCUGAGUACUGCAAUGCAAACCUCUCAAACUACUUCACCCCCACAUUCUGGUCAAACCCGACUCUCUCCCUAACCUUUGAGGGGCGGGGUCGGAAGCCCUGUUACUUCAACACGGGGGUGAUGGUAAUCGACUUAGUCCGCUGGAGGCAAGGAGAUCACACAAGAAGGAUUGUAGAGUGGAUGGAGCUGCAGAAGGGGAUGAGGAUCUACGAAUUGGGCUCUCUGCCACCAUUUCUCCUGGUGUUCGCUGGGAAUAUUGCACCAGUGGAUCGCCGCUGGAACCAGCAUGGACUUGGAGGAGAUAAUUUAUGGGGCCUUUGCCGGGAUUUGCAUCCGGGUCCAGUGAGCCUGCUUCACUGGAGUGGGAAGGGAAAGCCCUGGGAGAGGAUCGACAGAAACCGACCAUGCCCAGUUGAUGUACUCUGGGCACCUUAUGACCUUCUCCAAGUCCCAGUUGCUUCAAACCCUCUAUUAUAGUGCCCUAACAUAUGUACAGCAGAUGAUCAACACUAAAUAUAUCCAUUUCUCCUUUUGUGAUUAUUGUUAUGAGGAUUCAUGAAAUCCGCAAACUCUAGAUUAUACAUAUCGAAUUGUGUUUGAUUUAGCGGAAUUGGAAGUCUGUUGACUGGACUGCAAAAAUCAAUAGAAAGUAACAUGCAUCAAUGCUCUUAAGUUCUAUCUGUAACUUUCACUUUUCUUAUUACAAAGUAGUGCAGAACAGUUUUAAUUUGCUGAUGAAGCAAUCUCGGUCUACUGGUCUGUCCAAAAGUUGUUCAGCGACACUACACGUCGCAGACACUCCGUGAUUAUUCAAUAC